CCGAGGACUGAUGACUCGAGGCAAUCUUCAGACGAACCCACGUGUCUUCGAUAGAUGUGAUUCCAGACCGCUUCGAACGGCCAACUGGAGAGAUCCACGCGAAUUGUACUGCGGCGUUCGUCGCCCCGCGCUGCCGGUUGCCGGGCCAGCGAUAAGCAUCCCUGCAUGUAAACUAUGGCGGCACCGUACAACCAACCAGCAACCACCACAACCAUCCACUCGACGGUGACAGGUUGAAGCACAAAACAACCAAAAACAUCUUGCCAGCUCAUCCUUGUGGGACGCAAGCAAUUCGUCGAAUCAAAAGCCAAAGCUACCAUACGGCCGGUUGCCAGAGCUCCCGCAUUACACGGCGUUAUAAUCAACGUAGUUCGCCCCUCCAAGUGCAGCGAUGGUCCGACAAAAUAAACCCAAUUACGAUUUCAAUAUACAUGUCGACCCUUCUUGUUUGAGCGACCCAAUGGACGACGAGACGAUCCCUCAUACUGAAGAGGUCCGGAAGACGGAAGGCAUCAGAGAGAGCAUUGAAGUGGACGAACUUACAAGCCAACCAGAGCCGACCGGCGAGGAAGCGGCCGAGGACGAUGCUGCCUUUGACGAGGACACAUACAACCACCCGAGUGUGGAAAGUGUUGCUGGAGAAGGCAACGGCGAAGACUCCAUGCUGAGCAACAACACCGACGAAGACGCUCAAUCGCGCGUCUCUGACACAACCCCGACUCACGACGAAGGCGGAGACAGCAGUUCCCAACACGAACACGACGAAGACGUCUUCAGCGAAAACAGCCAGAGCAAACGCAGCUCAAUAGGGUCUUACGACGGAGGCUCCGAAUCGGGCAAAGCUCGAGAUAAUUCCGAUAAAAACACAACUCGUACACCCCGUGUGUCAGACAUUUCACAAUACGACCGGGAAGACUUCGUCCCAACUGCUCGAGGAACACCGCGGCCACCAUUCCGUACGCCUUCCGAUGUUCGAGCAUUGCAAAUGUCAUCCCCUGCUCCAUCCGUAUUUGGAGGGUCCGCCAUUGGAUCUCCCCGUUCAAGCAAACGCACCACCUUCCCUACAGUCUCGCGGCUGGGCAGCCAAUCACCCUCCGCCCAGUAUUCGCCAAAAAACAGGACCCCUUCUCGAUUUAAGGUCAAGAAGGAGGCACCCCUUGUCCUCCUGCACUGCACUCUUCUCCCGUUGAGGUGGAUGCAUGGUGACUUGAUGAACAAACUCGACAGUUGCGAGUUGAGCGAGGAAGUCAAGACCCUCCGCGAAGCAUGGCGGAUGCUACAAGACCGGAUGGGCGACACCGUGAUCGAGCGAGGCAUCCUGCUAGGCCAUCCUCAGAAUGACUACGAGAUUCUUGAGGAGCGCCUACUCGAGGCUCUCGAGUUGCCCAUGCGUCGUCGCGCCCGCAUCUUGGAGUGCGGACACUACCUCGGGCCGGCCAACUUGACCACCGUGGACGACAACAGCGAGAGCGAGAGCGAGGACGAAUACAAUGCAGUUCGUCCUGAAGCCAAGAAGCACUGGUGCAACACGUGCAAGCACGAUAUCCGCUACGAUGCGCUCGGGGAAGGCAAGAUCUUCCGCGUCAAAGUCUACGCAAGCAACGGGCUUAUGAAGGCGGGCGCCUGGGACGCGUGCUGGAAGGAAAUGGAGCGCGUGGAUGUCGAGCUCCUACCCGUCGUUGAGCCAGCUGUUCAACAGGAACUGGCCCGUUUGGCAAGAAAGGAGGCGCAGCAGAAACCCUCUUCUCCCGCGCACGACGACGACGAACACCUCACUGAAGAGGAGAAACGAAUGCGCGAGAUGUACGGCAGGACUCCAGAGCCGGAUCUCAGCCACAUCAACACUCACCAACCGCAAUCCUCUCGGCCAUACCAACAGGCCUCUCUCCCCCAACUCCUCCUCCAAUCCGUGCGAGUCUUAAUGCAGGACCGCAAGAACAUUGCCAUCUUGACACUGAGUGUAUUCGUACUUCUCAUGGCUGUCCGUACCGCGCCGCAGCAUUUGCAUUUGCAAUACGAUCCCAGCAUCUUCGGGGUCAAGAACAUACUGCAGAUGCACCAGGUUCCGGUUGCCAAGGCGCCGCAGGCCAUUGUACAGGAGCGGCAGCAGCUGGCGGCUCCUGUUGUAGAAUCCGUUGACAACCACUACACUCCUGCGGAGGCUGUGGUGGCACAGCACACACCGACGCAGGGUAGUAUGGCGGCCCCAGAGGCUCCGAUUGUGCAGAAGGUUGUCAACAAAGCCUCUGUACAGGAGAACGUCAUUGCGACCCCUUCAGUCAUGCAAGAAGAGGAUGUGCCACAGCAUACCCCAGUACAUACCCCGGUGCAGGAGAGUGUUGUUGCUAAGCUCGAGACUGUGCAAAAUGUCGACGAUCCUGCACCGGCCCAGGAGACGGUUAUUGCCGAACCUGAGAUGGUGCAGGAAGAAGUUGCACGGGACAUGCCUGUGCCAGAAUGCGUCAUUGUGGAGUCUGAGACCGUACUCGAAGAAGUUACACAGGAUCCGGUUGUGCAGGAAAGCAUUGUCCCGGAACCUGAGAUCAUGCAGGAGCAAGUUACACCGGAUACACCUGUGCAGAAAUGUGUUACUUCGGAACCGGCCACUGUGCUGAAAGCGGUUACACAUGAAACCCCUGUGCACAAAAACAUUGUCCUCGAACCUAAGAUUGUGCAGGAGGAAGUAGCACAGAACAAGCCUGUGCGGAAAUGCAUUAUUGCUGAACCUGUCAUUGAGCAGGAAGAGGUAAAACAAUCUACGCGUACGCAGGAGUGCGCUGUUGCUGAACCUUCUAGGGUGCCGGACGUCGAUGAUACGCCUGCCCAGGAGAGUAUUGUCGCAGAACCUGCGAUUCUGGAUGAGGUCGAUGACAUGCCAGCCCAGGAGAGUGCACCAGCUCAGGAGAGCAUUGACGAGGAACCUUUACUUGUGGAGGACGUGGAUGAUAUGUCGGCCCAGGAGCCCGUUGCCGUGGACCCUUCAGUUAUGGAUUCCAAGGAGACGGAUCAAGUGCUGGCCCCAGAUUGCGUUAUUGCAGAAUUCUCGAGUGUGGAGGAGGUGGAUGAUGCCCCAGUCCAGGAGAGUAUCAUUGCCGAGCCUCCAAUUGAGGAGAAGGAGGAGGAGGAGGAGGAUCACAUGUCGAGUCCAGAAUGCAGUGUCAUGGAACCCUCAACUGUAGACUACGUGGUACCGGAACCUACGACUGAGCAGGAAACCGAAGCAGCGGAAUUCAUCGUAGAAGAGGUGGAACAAGACUUGCCGGUGCAGGAAACCGAAUCCGCAGAACUCGUCGUCGACGAUGUGCAAGAUUGCAUGCCAGCGCAAGAGAACAUCGCAACAGAAUCCAUCAUCGACGAUGUGUCUGAAGACUUGCCGGACCAAGACAAUGAAGCAGCGGAAACCAUCGUUGACGACGUGGCCGAAGAAGACCUGCCGAUGCCGGAAUGCAUUUUCACUCCUGGAUCUUCAGCUCAGCAGGAAGACAGCGCGCCAGCACAGCAAGGCAACGCAACCGAAUCCAUCAUCGAUAUUUUGGAGGAACUCUUCCCGUCACAUGAAUCCAAAGCAGCUAAAUCCAUCUUUAACAUGGAAAAUCACAACCCGGCACAGAUUGACUACAACCCCGCCACACCCUCCAUCUCCCAGGAGAAGUUCCAAAUCCCAUCACACACCUCCAUCCUAGCGAGCAUGCCAACCGCUCCUCUUCCCAAGGCUAUGGACCCCUGCGAGGGCCGGAUGGGUGCUUACGAGGCGCCCUCCGUAGCCCCUGCGCCGGAGCCAACCCACGAAACGGUGACGGAUCGGAUGACCGUGCGGGUGUUCGAGGUCGUUACCGAGACGAUCCGGGCCACAGCGACUGUUACCGAGCAGGACAACAUGCCCGAGGCUACGGCUCAGCCUGCGACCUCCGAGGCAGAAGUAUCCGUGGAUCCGGAUCUGUCGGAGCCGGUCUGCCUUUUGUGGGAUCUGCGGUAAUAAUGGUGUUGAUGAUGUGAUACGUGGAGGUGGUAAAUGUCAGGACUAACGUGAAAUUUGGAUUCCAUGAUUUUGAAGAGAGAGAAUUAUGAAGCAUACGAUGGUGGCUCAUUCGAUCAUUUCCCUUCUUGUCAAACGAUUGAACAUUAGCGUAGCUAGCAAGUCAAGAUUGAGAUAGAUCGAUGAUACCAAAAUAGGAACUUUACUUGUAUAUAUACAUGCUGUUCUUUCCCCCGGUGAUAGCUUCUCACAAAGCCUCUGGG